AUGGCACUUGUUGGAACUCAUGUUGAUAAAGUUAAUGCUGACUUGAGAAGUACAAAAUGUUCGUUUUUAAAGAAAGAACUUGCAGUACACAAGAGGAAAAAACAAGAAUGGUUUGAAACUCAAAUGAAGAAGAUCGAGCUAAAAAUGUCAGAAAUAGAUCCAAAGCAAAUUUCCAUGCAUGAGGCUUACAAGAACAAAGUUGACAAGCUGCGAACCUUAAAAGAUCAAGUGAGUGAUAUUCAUGACCAUAUCUUCCUGGUUAGUUCCAAAACCAAAACAGGACUUAAUGAGCUAAAGCACUAUCUUACUUCUUUUGCAAGAGAACAUGCAGUCAUUCUACCAGGGAUCUGGGUUGAAGCAGCCACAGAUAUCUUCAGAAAGAGGCAAGAUAGUUCUGAAAAUACACUUAACUUGGAUACUCUUAAACAGUCUCCAAACAUACGAUUCAAGCCAAAAUCUUGGAGGACAUUCUUUAUGAAGAGACGGUACUCAGACCAGAAAAUUAACCAAACAAUCUAUGACAUCCUUUCCCUCUUGGCCCAGCGUGGAGACAUCAUCUGGUUUGAGACAAGUCCCUUGCUAAACCAGACAGUAUUCCACAAUCAAGAGAUCCUUGCAAAUCUUCUGAAGGUAAUCCUUAAUCAUGACGUGGAUGCUACCAUCAAGACCCUGCAAGAUUCACUGACAAUGACAGCACCCAAAAAACAUGAUGUUAUCGAAGAUCUCAGAACUAGGGGAGUGAUUUCAAAAACAGCCAUGUUGUGUUUGUGGCAGCCUUUCAAUCUCAGUUCUGAAGAAGUAGAUGCUAUGACAGAACUCAUGCAGAAACUGGAGCUGUGCUAUCAAGUCCAGGAAGAUGAAUCCCUUCCAGCCAACACCUCAUUCCACUUUCCAUGGCUCCUCACUGAAGAAAGACAAGCUGAGCUAGACACCAAAUGGCCCAGCAAGGUUCCCCCAAACACCACACAACUUACCCUGCAGGUUCUCUUUUCAUACAAAUGUCCAGAUGGCUUACAUGAGAAAUUUUCUGUUCGUCAGCACAAGCACCUUGGACUCAUGAAGACCAUGCGAAUAGAUUGGAAGGAUGGAGUGUAUGCAGAAUUUGAGGGAUGCAAAAUGCAGCUGACACGGGGGCAAAAUCAGCUAAAUCCUGAUCCAGUUAGCCAAGAUCCAGACUGGGUUAUCAGCAUUGCUGUCCGUGGAUCACAUCUCUCAGACAUAUGGCGUGUUUUCACACGAGGUCACAGUGACCUCAUGGCCAUCAUUAACGAUGACUGGCCUGGACUGUCAUAUGACAAGUACUUGGUGUGUCCCCACUGUGUGAGUGAGAACAGUGAGCACCCAACCUUCUUCCCUGGAGAGAUACUUGACCAAACCAUUGGAACAACUUCAAAACCAAGACAGGUGCCAUGUGUCAAUACUGGUGUCUUCAUUCCUGCAGACCUAGUCUACCCACCUAGCUGGCAGGAAGUUCUGUGUGAAAAACAAUCAAGGCUUUGUGAAAAAAUCACAGAACCCUGUCUCAAGGACAUGUUAAAUGAGUUCCUCCAAGAAUUCAUCAUCACACACCGUGAAGCUGAAAUGGUGAGAGCAGAGCCACCUCAACACCAUGACCAAACCUCAUCUACCAGGGUGGUAUGUCCAGAGAAAACUGCUGUCUUCCUGGACAUACUCAAAACCAGAGGAGAUGAGGCAUUUGAUUUAUUAAAGAAAUGUCUCACUGAAAAUGGACAAAGUGAGCUUGCUUCCCUCCUUAAAUAA